ACAAGACAAAUAAUAAAACGUCAAACAGAGUACACUCUUCAACCUCCUCCAUCUACUACUCUCUAAUGGCGGCACUCGCCUCCACCUACUCCACCACAAUUCACAGUCGAAAACCACCGUCUUCCUCCAAUCUACUGUCAUCAUUCAAACCUCUAGAUGGCACACCAACCGUUUUCUCUCCAACUCUCUCUUCAAAUCCCAAAAAAUCUCAUCUCAAAACACUCUCUGUGCAAGCAACCAGCGGGUCCGUUUCUACCGCCGUUGAUUCGACUACAUCCAUGCCCCGGUCUAAGGUGAGGCGCCACACGAUUUCAGUGUUUGUUGGUGACGAAAGUGGAAUGAUAAAUCGGAUUGCAGGAGUCUUUGCAAGGAGAGGGUAUAAUAUCGAGUCACUUGCUGUUGGUUUAAACAAGGACAAAGCUCUGUUUACUAUAGUUGUAUCUGGGACUGAAAGAGUGUUGGAGCAAGUUAUGAAACAACUUCUAAAGCUUGUUAAUGUUUUAAAGGUUGAAGAUAUCUCAAAGGAGCCACAAGUAGAACGUGAGUUGAUGCUCAUCAAGAUAAAUGCAGAUCCAAGAUACCGUUUAGAGGUCAAGUGGUUAGUGGACAUAUUUAGAGCUAAAAUUGUUGAUAUCUCAGAGAAAGCUAUAACCAUUGAGGUAACCGGUGACCCUGGGAAAAUGGUUGCGGUGCAAAGAAAUUUAAGCAAGUUCGGGAUCCAAGAAGUUGCUAGGACUGGGAAGAUUGCGUUAAGAAGAGAAAGAAUGGGUGAAGAUGCUCCUUUCUGGAGGUUUUCAGCAGCUUCGUAUCCUGACCUUGAAGAAAUGAACAAAAGAACUCCUCUUCAAGCCAAAAAGAGAACAGAGUAUCAGGAAUCUGAUAAGUCUGCUGGGGGAGAUGUUUAUCCAGUAGAGUCAUCUGAUAACCAUUCGUUCAAUCAAAUUCUUGAUGCACAUUGGGGUGUUCUUAAUGAAGAAGAUACAAGCGGCCUUCGAUCCCACACUUUAUCGAUCGUUGUAAAUGACGCUCCUGGAGUUCUCAAUAUAGUAACAGGAGUUUUUGCUCGUAGAGGCUACAAUAUUCAGAGUCUAGCAGUUGGUCAUGCAGAAGUAGAGGGGCGUUCCCGCAUCACAACUGUUGUCGCUGGUACAGAUGAGUCAAUUGGAAAGCUGGUUCAACAGCUAUACAAGCUGAUUGAUGUUCACGAUGUUGUGGAUUUAACAUUGAUGCCAUUUGCUGAACGAGAGUUGAUGCUGAUUAAGGUUGCUGUGAAUUCCACAGCCCGACGCAAUGUUCUUGAUAUUGCAAGCAUAUUUAGGGCUAAAGCUGUAGAUGUGUCGGAUCAUACAAUUACACUUGAGGUUACUGGAGAUGUGAAUAAGAUGGUUGCACUGCAGAGGUUGUUGGAGCCUUGUGGAAUUUGUGAGGUGGCAAGAACGGGGCGCGUGGCACUUACCCGUGAAUCAGGCGUUGAUUCCUCUUACCUUCGUGGAUAUUCCUAUCCUGUUUGAUUUCUAUCUUUUAAAGCUUCUUGUUUCGGUAGAACUCGUCAAUAAUUUGCGUGUUCUUUUUAUAUCUGGUACCUAGUCUGAACUGUAUGUUUUCAAUAAUAAAUUUUGUUUUUAUAUGGCUUUUAA